AUGGUUGCCGCAGAGAACCGCAAACCGACGCCCAACCAACUCUCUCUAGAUCUUCCAGGCCCCACCGCCUAUUUGACUGGCCACAAUGACCAGACAGGCAAAGCCAUCAUUCACGACCGCCGCCCAAUCCAGUGGCACCGUUACGACGAAGACAAGAUGGCCAUGGCCGUAGCCCACACCACGGAGUUCCCAUCCGACCUCAACAAAGACGCCGACGUCAAGGCCCACGACUCCAAGAUGGAGGCUUCAGGCGGCAAGCUCGGCCUUGUCUCCGGCGGCGGUACGGUCCUGCGUUACGUGGACUUCGCUCCAGGCUACGAGUGUAUGAUGCACCGCACGCAGUCGGUAGAUUACGGCAUUGUGUUGGAGGGCAGGAUUGUGAGCAUCCUGGAUAGUGGAGAGGAGCAGGAGAUGGGAAGGGGUGAUGUGAUGGUGCAGCGGGCGACGAUGCAUGCGUGGAAGAAUCCCAGUCAGACGGAGUGGGCGCGAAUGAUCUUCUGCCUGCAAGAUUGCAAGCCAUUGUUUGUCAAUGGCAAGCGAUUUGGUGAAGAUCUUGGGAGAGGUACAGAAGGCAUUCCGUCGAGUGGGAACGAUCAGUAG